AUGUUUGACAUCCCCCAGUACAGCUCUAUAACACCGUUCGACCCUACGGCUCACCGCGGUACCGGGUAUCAGAACGCCAUGAAUAACAGUGAGGCUUAUUACAACACAAUGCUUGAGAUCAAGAACAAGCAAUCGGGUGUUCCUUACAACGUCCGCACCCCGAGAUUUUUCAACUUUCCGAUUCUGGAGCCGUUUUACCACAAUGUUUACCGGAGCAUUGCUGCGUACAACGCGAUGCUCGAGACCAGGGACAAGCAGUCGGAUGUUCCUUACCAGUCCCACACUCCCAAGCAGCAAGUUAAGUGA